CCGGCCAUGAACGGCUCGCUGGCGGGCUCCGGGGGGGGCUGGCAGCCCGAGUCCGUGAUCAUCCCACUCGUGUACUUCAUCAUCUUCCUCGUGGGCACCGUGGGCAACAGCCUGGUGCUGGCCGUGCUGCUGCGCAACGGGCAGGUGAAGAACACCACCAACCUCUUCAUCCUCAACCUGGGGGUGGCCGACCUCUGCUUCAUCCUCUUCUGCGUCCCCUUCCAAGCCACCAUCUACACCCUGGAGGGAUGGGUGUUCGGGCCCUUCAUGUGCAAGGCCGUGCACUUCUUCAUCUACCUCACCAUGUACGCCAGCAGCUUCACCCUGGCCACCGUGUCCCUGGACAGGUACUUGGCCAUACGAUACCCCCUGCACUCCAGGGAGCUGAGGACACCCAGGAACGCCCUCCUGGCCAUUUGUCUCAUCUGGGGGCUCUCCUUCAUCUUCUCGGGCCCUUACCUCAGCUACUACCAGGAGUUCCAGCUGGCCAACCUGACUGUCUGCCACCCCAUCUGGGAGAUCUCCCAGCGCAAGAUCAUGGACACCUGCACCUUCAUCUUCAGCUACAUCAUCCCCGUGCUCAUCCUCAGCCUCACUUACGUGCGGACUGUUCGCUACCUGUGGCGCUCCGUGGACCCUCUCCAAGACAUGUCGGAGUCCAAGAAGGCCAAGAGGAAGGUCACCAGGAUGAUCAUCAUUGUGGCCGUGCUGUUCUGCCUCUGCUGGCUGCCCCACCACCUGGUGAUCCUGUGCGUGUGGUUCGGGUACUUCCCCCUGAACCACUCCACGUACGUGCUGCGCAUCCUCUCGCACGUCAUCUCCUACGCCAACUCCUGCGUCAACCCCAUCGUCUACGCCCUGGUCUCCAAGCACUUCCGCAAGGGCUUCAAGAAGAUCUUCAGUUGCCUCCUGCACAAGAAGGCAGCGCACAGGGUGCACGUAGCCCAGGCUGCCCACACGGUCAGCACGCUGGAGGCAGAGCUCAGCGAGGUGACCCAGCUGAGCGAAGCCCUGCCCGGGCGCUCUGCCGCGCACUGCAGGGUCCCCGCACAGCCCUGGGGGGAGGCAGGGCUGGAGGGGCAGCAGCACAGAGCAGAUGGCUCCUCUGUCACCUUCAACGUCAGCUAGCAGAGCU